AUGUUAUACUGAGCUGAUAUGGUCUUCUCCACUUAGUCGUGCUAGUACAUGUACCUGAUCAUCACUAGUGCCGAGCUUCCUUUUCCCCCAAUGAAAUGAAUUUACCCACGUUUCAUUCUUUAAACGUCAACUUUACGUGCACAGUGAGGUGAUGUUUACACCAGUAUGGUGUGGACAAAGGAAAAGUACUCACUGCUCUGACGAUGUGAGGCAUUGCGGUUAACGUCAUCAGAUCAUCAUGCAGAUGCUGAUUGUUUGCUGUAGGCCGUGCUCAUAAAAUGGAUAUUCCGACCCCUGACUUUUCAUUAUUUGCAGCUUUCGGUAUGGGAAAUGUGUGCUUCACCUGCUCCCAACUGACGGAUGGCUAAAUUCUACCACCCAAACCAGAUCAGUGCCACAGUCGACCAGUCGACCAGUCACAGCCCCUGACCAUGCCGCGCAGCUAUCGCUGCAGGCGAUCCUGCCUCAGCAGUGUGUUUCUGCUGAAGAUGGCAGUGGUUCUGCUGGUUCUGCUUGCCUGCCACCUGCUCCUGCAGGGCAUUCAAAAUGGAGCUUUGGAAACAAACGGUGGCCUAUUGGCUGAUUCUGAUGAUGUUCUCAUGGGACAGAGGGCUUACCGAUUAUUUAAAGAGGGGGGACAUUUCCAGAAGUGUGAAGUGCCUCGUCUAGACCCCUCAGAACACCCUCCUGAUAACGUCCACUGCCGGCGGAUAAAGCCCCUUCCCAACUCUUGCCAGCUUGCCCAUGAUCUCUUUUUGUCAAAGCCACCAGAUAAAUGUGAAGGAGAGGGUCCAUUCAACAUUUGCCAAAUAAAGGCAAAGGACAGGUGGCAUCAGGAAGUGCACUGUGACUCCAAAAUUUGCCAAGCAGGGUUUUCACUUGGCACUAUUGAUCCAGAUCUUGGAAUCCUUCAGUGGAAAGAGUAUGGCCAAGCCCACGAUCUUCAGGACCAAAUUAAACAGUUGAUAAGUGUCACUUCCAGGAAUCACCAUGACUUCUGCUUCAUCAGAUGUCUUCCUGCCAAGAAAGAUGAAAAUGAGGUAAACACAGACGACGAAAGGGAAGGAAAAUGGUCAGUUGAAGAUCGCAACUAUAGAGAUUAUGUGGAUCUUCAAUAUGACUUUGACCUCCAGGACUCGCUGCCAAAGCAGCUACUCAUUCUACCAAGGCAAUUCUCCAAACCCAAGGAUAAAACUCUAGUAAAUCAGACAAAGAUUAGCUUCAACAUAUACUUACUUGAUUCAAUCUCUCACAGCCAUUUUUUCCGCUCACUACCAAAGAGUGUACACAAACUAAAUCGGAUUAGGAAAGUUGGCAAUGCAUCCGUGUUUAAUUUUCAUCUGAUGCAAUCUUUGAAGGGUCGAACGUACGAGAAUCUGCAGGCGCUGUUUGCUGGAGAGUUGUACAAUCCCAAAAAUCCUUUUGGGGUUCAAGAUAUGCCUCCAAAGGCUGUGCAAAUGGGGAUCUUACUGAAGAGUAUGAAGGAGGCUGGUUACCGGACCAUGUGGACCGAGGAUCUGUGCUGGACGUGGGAGUGGGGUAUUGCAAAGAACAUGGUCGUUCACUCCCCUGGUGAAAACCAGGAUGUCCGCUGGAAGAAGCUUAAAGAUGUACUGAGGCAAUCUGGAAUAGAUGGACUGAACUUUUCCUUGGCUAGCUGUGAAAUCCUUAAGGCCAACGGCAUCCGAGAUACCUUCCAUGGGCCUCCUGUGGUGUGUUACAACCAAAGGCAUCACCAUCAUUAUACAUUUGAAUUCUUAAAGAUGGUGCAGUCACAACUUAAUGGAGCGCAGCAGCCAUUUUUUCACUUUACCAUUGCCAAUGUGGCCCACGAAGACACCGGGAGACGGGUGCAAACACUGGAUGAUGACCUUGCAGAGUACUUAGAGUACUUAUCAACUCAAGAUAAUAUGGUCACUGUGCUCUUAGCAGACCACGGCAAUGCUUAUGGAGCUUUCAUGGGAAAAACCAUUGAGGCAAGAAUUGAAAUGUUUCACCCGGUGUUUCUCAUCCUCAUGUCUAAAAAUGUUGCCAAACAAUUGGGACCUGCUAAACUGAGGGCGCUGUCAGUCAACCAAGAUCGCCUAGUGAGCAUCUUGGACUUGCACUACACACUCCGGUCACUAUUUUUUGGCAGUCCCGUGACUGUUGCACCUGAGCAUCAAGCAUACGCCAUCUCACCGCACGGGCUCCUAGCUCCUGUGUCACCAAACAGAACAUGUGAUUCAGUUCCUAGAAUCAAUCCCAAUGUUUGCAUAUGCCGUGAUUAUGAGAAAGCAGUGGCUAAUGACAGUGGCCGGGCCCGUAUAGCUGAAGUCAUUGUGCGUGAGAUGAAUGAAGUCAUACUAGACAAUGCCAAAGCAGGUGGUGAUAGGAAGGACUACAGAGCUUGCAAGCAGCUGGAGUUGAAGUGGUUUGGGAAUGUUAAAGAAAGUCAUCCAAAGACUGGUGUUACACUCAUGAAGAUGGACCUGCAUUUUGAACCUGGAAGGAACUCUGGCAAUUCAGAGGAAGUAGUAUUUGUUGUCGUCCAGUCCGAGAAGACCGACUUCUCUACACUCAUCCAGCUGCUAAGCUUUGAACGCAUGACAAGUUACUCUCAGUAUGAAAAAUGCAAGGACCCAGAGGUGCCCACCAAACUCUGUGUGUGCGACCUACUGUCAUGAGUCAGUUCCAUGCGUUGUCGUCAUCUUGCUGUAGAGCAGUUAACCCGAGGAAGAGUUACCAAACUAGAACUUGGUUCCAAACAUGUCAUGUCAAGAUUUGAAGGGUUUGUUUUCAAAAUUAGAUAUAUCCAUUUGAAAAUCAUGCAAUUUUUCCACAUUUAUGAAAGAUUUAAGAGCUUUAGCAGUAUAUCAUGUGUCCCUAAACUUCUUUUCACUAUUUAAACCCAUUAAAGUUGUGUGUGACUGUUUUACAGCUGUAGAAACCGACUGUAGGCAACUGGAGGAGAGUGGGAUUCUGAAAUAUAUCACAAUAUUAAUGGUGCUUAUGGCAGUUUAGAAAUAAACUCUUCAAUUGAUUCUUGGAGUUUAUUUGAAGGUUUAAUAUGAUCCAUCUUCAUGCUGGUUACUUUUCAUUGCUGUUUCCCUUCAGUACAUGAAGAAAUUUGGACAUGUUUAUUUUGCCCCGUUUAGAUUACAUUGAAAAAGUAAUCAACCAGGGGCAUAAACCACUGGUGGAUUGGGGAGAGUAUGUUCUAUAUUUGGACAAGGAGGCAGGGUCAUACCUGUAGGUUCAUUCCUCCUCGUGGUGUGGUCCCUUUAAAAGAGAGCAGGGUAUGACAGCCUUCAGUUUGGAUGCAAAGAGAUGAAAGAUUGGUCUUAGAGAGGGAAAUUGGAGAAAAGGAAGACACCGGAGCCUUUCUUUGGUGCAACUUUAAACUCAACAGUGCAAAACAUCAGGAAUCAAGGCAUUGUCAGAUUGUGCGCGUAUAGUGAGUACAUCACAGUUCCAUACCGAGUGUAAAUUAUUCAGUUCCAGCCUGCCUUGUUUCUGACAGUUCUGCUGGGAAAAUAAAUUGACAUUGCAGUUUGAGUUCUGGCCUCUAACCUUUCCUUUCAUGUUCUUUUUUAUCAGUGUAACUUUUGGGGAUGACACCAGGGUCCAGAUCUGAUCCGAUAUUGUGCCUGGGAGGAGGGAAUUGGAUACCCCCCAACGUCACUCUUGCCUAAAUUCCUUUGUCAGUAAGGUGCUAGUGCGGUUCCGAGGAAGCGUUAUUGAAAAUUCAAAUCUUUUAGUCUUUCCAUAUUCAAUCAAAUGAUUGGAUUUGAGGUACUAAUCGUCAUUAAGACAGAUACUCCUGCUGUGUUCCCUCAGUGCAGAGUAGACUAAGUAGCUCAUCUGCUCUCACAACUUGGCACCUGCAAUGUUUUGUCGUCGGUGAAUUGACAAAUUAUUACAGUUGAACCUACCAUGCAAAGGCAGUUGUGGCUUUGCUAGGAUUUUCCCAAGGAAGAGAAUGCUUUUCGCUUGAAUACUUUUGUAAAUUUGUGUAUUUAGAAAGACUUCAUAUUUGGGAAUGCUACUAAAAGUCUUUCAGUUUGUUGUUGACAUUUGUUGGAAAGUAAGGGAUUUCCCUUUUGACAUGCAUUUUAAUAGUAGAAUGAUUGUCCAUGGAAAUGCCACUUGGUGCAACUGCAGAGGUUGGUGUCGUGGUGUACUUUUUUUCUUAACAUUUUGUUCUUUUGGUCACUUUGUAAUUUAUGAAAGGUAUUGUACUUUAAUGUGUACAUGUAUUUUUGAGAUAACAUGUUGCCUAUUAAGAGCUAGUA